CCACGACCUGUGCGUCCGCCGCGUGCGGCUGGCCGACAUCAACCCCUCGCUGCUGGAGAAGAAGGGCAAAUUGACCGAGGCGUUCUGCGCGGGCGUGUGGAGUGGCUGGGGUGAGUUUUCCUUCCCUGCGCCAGCUGGCUUGCUACGUGCCUAGCUAGCGCAUCACCCCCCUUCCCUCCCCCUUUUCCCAAUCCCCGAUCCUUCCGCCUACAAUACUAAACCCUCUGGUCAUGCUAGGAUACGCCUACCAACGCCGCUACCUCUCCAAGAAAUACGAAUCCCCGGCCACGGCCACGGACCUCUGGACCCGGGAGCAGCUGCGCUCCGCCACCUACGAGGUCGGCACGCGCAUCACCGACCACUUCGAGGUCGUCGAGAAGACCCCCGAGCGGAUCGUCGUGCGGUGCGGCGACUCGCCCCGCAAGACCGGGGUGCGCGACUCCGACGGCCUGUUUGAGAUCUCGGCGGUCGUGAAGCCCGAGGAGGGCGUUGCCGAGUUCGGGCUGAAGAGUGUUUUCUUCAAGGGGACGAAGAACGACACGGGUGCGGACGGGACUGGGGCGCCGCCCAUGCCGGCGCAUGUGUUUUGGUUGCAUAAGCAGUAUACGAAGUUGUGGAUGGAGACGGGGGUGCGGAAUGUUUUAAGGUGAUUCUGUGGAUUGGUUGAGGGGGGUGACGGGGUUGACGGGUUGGAAUUGGGGUGGGAGCUGGGGGCUUUGAGGCACGGGGCUGGUAUAUAUACCUCGGUUUGUUGGGGUGAAGUGAGGGUUGGUUGAUGUAGAUGUAGAUGUAGGAUUUAUGGUCGGUCUAUUUGGUGUCAGUGAAGUUUAGAUUAUGCUCCUCAACCAUUGGGUCAAUCUGUGGCCUGUUUAUUCUUGAAUCGGGUGGCAAUGUGUCUUAGAACUGGUGAGCCUGUCAGCUAGUAGUAACUCAUUGUCCAGGGGCAAAGG